CAAGAGUCCAGGAGACGACAUUGUCUCCGGAAUGUCGUCGAGCUUAAUGACGAAUCUCUUGGCCUCAUUAGCUCCGUGGAGAAUUAAGCCGGUGGAGCUCUCGCGAGAGGUUCGGAAGUAGCGGCCCGAUAUAACAGUAGAUGGUGAGAACGGAAUGAGAAAACUCGCAGCGAGAUGUGCCGUAGUUGACGUGUUGCGGCGUAGCGGCAGCAGCAAAGGAAGAGGAAGAAAGGGAGGGGGCCGCGGACAGGAAAGGCGCUGAGGCGCGGGGGGUGGACUCCGAGAAAGGGAAAGGCCGUCGGGAUCGCUAAUUGAGCAGCGUUGGAGGCAGAGGAGGAGAGCAGUGGGAGACGGAGGGUGCGAGGAAAGGGAGGGAACGUAGCUGAGGCCGACGACUGGGACGUGUGGUCGUUCAGCUAUGGCAGCAGCAGCCCGUGGAGCCGAUGAGUAAAGCGAGCGUUAGGCAUGAAAGAGAAUUGGAUUGCAAUCGAUUGAGUCUCGUGGGAUUGCUGACAGUGAGGGGAAGAAGGAGCAGCCCAAGCAAGAGGUCAACAUAACGCCGCGUGAGAACGGAUUGAGGCGUUGAACAGAGAGGAGAAGACGGUUAGCUUGUGUAUUGUGCACCUUGUGGAGGGAAGCGAGGGGAGGGGAGAGGAGAGGAGGCGGUCCGGUGCUGCAGGGAGUUAUGGAUGCAUUGGAGCUGGAGGAGGGUUACAGGAAGAUAGGAGGGAUCAAGUCGCAGGGGAGGCCCGCGGUGCUUAAGAGAAGUAACUAUCUUCGGUGUAGGUGACGGGGGUUUAGGGCGGAAUUCCGGAAGCUGUUGAGUGAAGAGGAUUAUGCGUAGUCUUUAACUUGGAGAUUCACAGUCCUUUCACGCGACGAGGUCGACGAAUUUGCUUCUUUUUUUCAAAUAUUUUUGCAAUUGUUACUGAUUCGGAUGCCAGAACUCGAGCCUUUUAUGCAAUCGGGCAUCUCCCAUGCUAAGGAAAUGGGCAAAGCGGAGACCCCUCCGGUCCGCAACGGAGUGGACUCCGAUUCCUGCUCUGAGUCGGAUCUGGAAUUCAAAGAGGACUGCAAGGAGGUGAUUCCUCCAGAGAGAGAGAUACCGUCUGUUCUCAAUGUGCUUUCACAAGUCCUGGAGCGUUUAGUCGCCAGGAACGAGCGAUACGCAGGUGCUACUUAUACAACCAGCACACUGAACUCCCGUAAGCUGACGGCUUUUCACGGACUCCGAGCGCCCGGUAUAAGCAUUGGUAAGUACCUGGAGCGUAUCUUCAAGUACACGAAUUGCAGUCCUUCGUGCUUCGUCGUGGGAUAUGUUUACAUUGACAGACUCAUCCACCGGCAACCGGACCUUCCUGUCACUUCGCUCAACGUGCACCGUCUCCUUGUUACGAGUGUCAUGGUGGCAACGAAAAUGCUCGAUGAUGUACAUUUCAACAACUCCUUCUUUGCAAGAGUAGGUGGAGUCAGCGUGGUGGAGUUGAAUCGCUUGGAGCUGGAAUUGCUUUUUCGACUUGAUUUUAGGUUGCUUGUAACCAUGAACGUUUUUGAGAGUUAUUGUUCACACCUCGAGAAAGAGGCGCUAAGAGAUGAAACACGGAUAGAUAGAUCUCUUCCAAUCCCGUCUCCAGCCUUUCGGUCACCUGCACAGUCCCCUCAUCCCACGCCCAAAGGGAAACGACUCUCUGCCACUCUUUCUGGAACUUACGAUCGAGCUGCCGUUCAUGCCCUGAUCUCACGUCAAUUUGCUGAAUCCCCAAAUCGGUAAUAUCUGGUCACGAGCUGCCCUCGUCAUCCACAUCUGCGUUGUGGGCGUUGGAUACAUAUCUCCUUACCACUCUGUCAGGGACCUCAUUCUGUUAGUUUAUGCGCCUUCAUUUCCUCUACUGAGCUCGCGCCCUAACUCGUCACAUGAUUCCCGUGAAUUUUUAUUUUCGUGUAGGAAGUUUGUGAGACUGACGGAGAGAAAUACACCACUCCCGUAGCUCUUACUACGUCGCACGGGGAAACCAAUUGUUCCUGGAAUGCCCUUCCCUUUGUGCAGUAAUCUGGUACCGAAGGUCACGUGAUCCUUCAAAUGAUGACGGGGAUGUAAUUCCCUGGAUGUAACAUGUUUUCUUGGAGUAGUAGCUUUUAGGAAAAUUAGGAAUGAGUAAUUGUUUACUAUGACCGACCUAGGUAGGUUUCUGUUUUGAAAGAUGAAAGCAAGAAAGUUGAAGUUGCUGGUGAAUGUACGACUUUUUGCUUAAAUCCGCGGCCAAGUGUAAAUUGUUUUUCAAUCGGUU